CUUUUCCGGGACACUUGACGGCUUCACUAUAAAAUGAAGUCGCCUCUUAACGCUGUUUGACGCCUGAAACUGAAAAAUCAAAAUCCCCCCUUUGGGCAUAUACACAUUUCAGUAUUUCACAGAUUUAGUAUCAAGGGGAGGUUCUUCUCUUCAUUCUCAGGCCGAUUUUCCUGAGAUUUGAUUCGAUUCCCCGGUUUGAGAAUCUGUAGAACUAGGGUUUCAUCAUUUCUCAUAAUUUGUGUUUAUUCUUUUGAAUUUGGAAAAGAAAUGUCCCAGCUGAAGACAGUUUCACACAAUGACGAUAUUCCAUCCACUCCAGGCAAAUUCAAGGGCGACAAAUCUCCAUACAUUCAUCGCCUUAGGAUCUUCUCUACUCUAUCCAAGCUCACUCUUUGGUCGACCUUUUUCUUGGUCUUUGUCCUUUUAUUCUUAUUUCUCUCCCCUUCUUCUUCCCCGCCCGCCGCCCCUGCCCGCCGUGCCCUUGGCGACUCAUGGGGCGGACCCGAUUGGGAAAAGCGAGUCAGCAAAUCGGCGCGUAAGAGCUCUGCUUCUGGUUUCACUGUACUUGUUACUGGGGCGGCUGGCUUUGUCGGCACCCACGUUUCGCUGGCGUUGAAGCGACGCGGUGAUGGUGUCCUUGGGCUUGAUAAUUUCAACCGUUACUAUGAUCCGAACCUCAAACGUGCUCGCCAGAAGCUUCUUGAUCGUGCUGGGGUCUUCGUUGUCGAGGGAGAUGUCAAUGAUUUGGCUCUUCUUCAUAAGCUUUUUGAUGUUGUGCCGUUUACGCAUGUAAUGCACCUUGCUGCUCAGGCGGGUGUACGGUUCGCGAUGCAGAAUCCCAAUUCUUAUGUGCACAGCAACAUCGCUGGGUUUGUGAAUCUUCUUGAAGUGUGCAAAUCAGCGAAUCCGCAACCUGCAAUCGUGUGGGCGUCGUCUAGCUCCGUCUAUGGGCUUAAUUCCAAGGUACCUUUCUCUGAAAAAGACAGAACGGAUCAACCGGCCAGUCUGUAUGCUGCCACAAAGAAAGCCGGUGAAGAAAUUGCACAUACUUACAAUCAUAUAUAUGGUCUUUCAAUUACUGGUUUGCGGUUUUUCACAGUAUAUGGUCCUUGGGGUCGCCCUGACAUGGCCUAUUUCUUCUUCACCAAAGACAUUCUUAAAGGAAAGCAGAUUACAAUUUUUGAAGCCCCUGGUCAUGGAACAGUGGCAAGAGAUUUUACCUACAUUGAUGAUAUUGUGAAAGGCUGUUUGGGGGCUCUGGAUACAGCGAAGAGAAGUACUGGUAGUGGUGGGAAGAAGAAGGGGCCAGCACAGUUCAGAAUUUUUAACCUGGGUAACACUUCACCGGUGCCUGUGAGUGAUCUUGUGAGCAUAUUGGAGAAGCUUCUAAAAGUGAAGGCUAAGAGGAAAGUAUUGCCGAUGCCAAGAAAUGGUGAUGUUAAAUUCACACAUGCUAAUAUUAGCUUGGCACACAGGGAGCUUGGCUACAGGCCUACCACUAAUUUGGAGACAGGACUCAGGAAAUUCGUACAAUGGUAUUUGGAGUUCUAUCCCGGGUCUAAGAAGAAGAGUUCUUGGUGAUCUUUUUCAUCAUUUUUUUCCAGUCAUUUUUUCCCACACAUCUGUUGUCUAUAAUAUACUCCUUUGAAAUCUUACAUGUGCUCUUCAUUGUGCCCUUUUACAAAGGAGAUAUUAUCCCUGCAGUGCAUUGUUUUGAUGUUGAAAAGAAUAUGAUUGCUUAUUGCAGGCUUACGGUUGUGUUAAGCAAGAACUAGGGUACUGGUAAAUGCUUUUCAGUUCUUAUUCUACUUUGUUUACAUCUUAUGUUGUGUGGUAUUUUAGGUUAACCGUUGUACAGUCUUUAAUUGAGAGAUCAAAUUGAUAUUCCGUAUUUGUGGAGCCUGUCUUUUCCUUGUAAGCCUUCAUUUGAGACCAUUUUUUAGGAAUUUUGAUGGUGUAUAUUUGUUUUGUCGCCUAUUGGACACAGUUUGUGUUAUGGAUUCGUUUGUAUGUGCAUUGUCAUUUGGUUUG